AUGCUACGGAUUUCUAGGUGGCCCACCUGCAGGGCCAAUCUGCAGACCCCCCUGAGAUGCCUCAAGCAACCAGCAUACAGCUGGCGAUCCGUCCAGACAUCAACACUGAUAGAGCAACCAUACUCACCUCCCAUUACCGGUCUGCUCUCACGGAUUCCCUCAUCAUGGGUCCCGUACGCCGAGCUCAUACGCCUUGACAAGCCCGUAGGCACUUACUAUCUCUUCUUCCCAUGCCUCUUCAGCACUUUAUUAGCGGCGCCAAUGGCAGCCCCCAUGACAUCUCCCCUAACCGUCCUCGGUACGACAGCACUAUUCUUCUCGGGUGCCUUGAUCAUGCGUGGAGCAGGUUGCAGCAUCAACGAUCUUUGGGACCGCAAUCUAGACCCUCAUGUUACGAGGACUCGGCAUCGCCCAAUCGCCAGGGGCGCGAUCACUCCUUUCAAGGCCCUCACAUAUACAGGCGCCCAACUCCUGACGGGACUUGCGAUUCUUCUACAGUUUCCCGCCAGCUGUUUCUUCUACGCCGUUCCCAGUCUGAUAUUCGUGGCGAGCUAUCCUCUGGCAAAGCGCAUAACAUAUUAUCCGCAAGCCAUGCUCGGUCUCACCUUCUCCUGGGGCGCCAUCAUGGGCUUCCCAGCCCUGGGAGUGGACCUGCUUUCGAACAGCGCCGCACUGACCGCCGCGGCGUUCCUGUACGGCAGCAAUGUGGCCUGGACGAUCUUGUACGACAUGAUCUACGCGCACAUGGAUAUCAAGGAUGAUGUCAAGGCGGGGAUCAAGAGCAUUGCGCUCAAGCACGAUGCCGAGACGAAGCAAGUCCUGACUGGUCUGGCUGCUGUGCAGAUCGGACUCCUUGGCGCUGCGGGAUGGGCUGCCGGUGCCGGGCCAUUGUUCUUUGCGGGUAGCUGUGGAGGAGCUGCGUUGACUUUGGGAUACAUGAUCAAGAAGGUCAACCUCAAAGACGUCAAAAACUGUUGGUGGUGGUUUCGCAACGGUUGCUGGAUGACUGGAGGUGUUAUCAGCUUGGGUAUGGGUGCCGAUUACCUGUCAAAGUAUAUAAAAGACGAAGACAAGGAGGAGAAGUCAUAA